GGCGCGCGGGGGGCGGGGCGGCGCGCGGGGCCGGCCCUCGCCCGUCAGCCAUCUUUCAAUUGUGCUCCGAGCCGCCGCCAGCGCCAGCCGCAGCAGCUCCGGCUCCUCCUGCGCCCGCCCGCCCGCCCGCCCUCCAUCCCUCCCUCCCUCCCUCCCGCACGGCAGCCGCGCUCGCCCAGCGGACGGGGUGUAAGGCAGCGACGUCGGCAGGAGCAUGGCCCGUACCAAGCAGACCGCCCGCAAGUCCACCGGUGGCAAGGCGCCCCGCAAGCAGCUCGCCACCAAAGCCGCCCGCAAGAGCGCGCCCUCCACUGGCGGGGUGAAGAAGCCGCAUCGCUACAGGCCGGGUACCGUGGCUCUGCGUGAAAUCAGGCGCUAUCAAAAGUCCACCGAACUUUUGAUCCGCAAACUCCCCUUCCAGCGUCUGGUGCGUGAAAUUGCUCAGGACUUCAAGACAGAUCUGCGCUUCCAGAGCGCUGCCAUCGGUGCUUUGCAGGAGGCAAGUGAAGCCUACUUGGUUGGCCUGUUUGAAGACACCAACCUGUGUGCUAUCCAUGCCAAACGUGUCACAAUCAUGCCAAAAGAUAUCCAGCUAGCACGCCGCAUACGUGGGGAGCGUGCCUAAAACCUCACCACGAUGGGUUUGUCCUUCUCGAAGCAAAAUCUUCUUCCUGUUAUUGGUAGUAAUGAACGUUAGAUAUUUUUUCCAUGGGGUUAAAAGGUACCUUAAGUAUAUGGUUGCAAGUGGAAAAAUAGGGGACAGAAUUGGGUAUUGGCAAGUUUUCUUUCCAUUUUCAUUUGUGUGUGGAUUUUUAAUAUAAACAAGGGGACAUAAAAAACAAACAAUGUGGUCAAAAAAAAAAAUAAAAACAUUAAUCGUUGAAACUUGUUCACCAAAACAACUUUAUAAAAAAAAUUAUAAAUAAACCUGUCAAAUUUUUCUGGACAAUGCCAGCAUUUGGAUUUUUUUAAACAAGUAAAUUUCUUAUCAAUGGCAACUAAAUGGUGUUUGUAGCAUUUUUAUCAUACAGUAGAUUCCAUCCAUUCACUAUACUUUUCUAACUGAGUUGUCCUACAUGCAAGUACAUGUUUUUAAUGUUGUCUGUCUUCUGUGCUGUUCCUGUAAGUUUGCUAUUAAAAUACAUUAAAUGAU